AGUCUCACUGAUAGCGUAGCUCUAUGUUUUGAGCAAUGGAACGAGUAGCGUAUUUAAGUUUCGAUACGCCUCCACCUCGACAAAUAUGAGUCCCAUUGGCUCCGCUGAAGUAUUUCACGUUACGUUGCAACGUGUCGUCGCUUCGCGCCACCCACUCACUGACGCCUGUGCACUGACCGUGCGUCUGUCCGCUGUCUCCCCGAACGCCGGCACUGAGCCGCCAUCCGAAAGUCGUCAAUGUUCGCCAAGGAUGUAUAUCUACUUUAAUCUGUUUGUUUCUAUAUCCGCUGGUGGGUUACCGGCUGCACCGGCCCACGCUGUGACUAUCAACGACAGCGUUCGGAGCGUCAGUGCGGCCCACGUCCUAGCUGGCCGAGUGGGCAUUACCCAUGGAUAGCCAUACAUGCAUGCAUGCAUGCAUGCACAGCCCAGCGACCGGUAGCAGUUUUGGCGUUUCGCAGUUCACCACCAUGACCCCUACCAGCGCUUGUCUGCCUGCCGGCAGCCGGUAGACUCUGGCUGUAAGCUGCAAUGGUGUAAUAUAUUGAACAAUCGCUCGGCGCCGUCGGAGUGCUCUUUCUUUCCUUCUCGGCCGGUUGUUGUCUGUGCGUGCGUUAGGCGUCGAUCUGUUGUCGGCCCGGCUCACUCGGCGCGGCGCAGCGCAGCUAGAACGAAGCCAGCGUCUACCGUCAUCUAACCUUUAUCCACAAUGUGCCAUGACAAGAGGCAGCGGGACAGAGAGUUAGGAACGACGACGCAAUCGUCGUCAGCCUCAGCUCCAGCGCCAUCUAUCCCCUGCUCGAUAAAUUAGUACCUGUUUGGCGCCAAAAGCUGGCAAGCUGAUUGGCCGCUGUCAUCAGCUACCCUCACUCUUUCUGCUCAGGGGUAUAAAAAUGGCCGUGAGAGGAUAUUUCUUUACAUGUGUCUUGGCUGCACAAAGCGUACAUUUAUUGUCCUGUCUGCUAUCGUUGUGACUCCCCUGUGGAAGCGAUAGCCGACCGCUUGGGUAGCAGUGGCGAUCCACAGCUAGCAACUAACUGCCUUGUUGAUUGUAGCCGUGUUCAUCCUGUACAGCGCUGGCAGCAGCCAUAUUGGAUACGAACGAACGAGCCGGAAUAGAAUGACGGCUUCGUAAUUUGCCAACAAGACACUGAACGGUCGCGAGUGAACAGAAUUCGAGGAUUCGAUUUAAGCUGGAUUACAACAGUUCUUAUAGAGACAAUUUACCACUAUUAGCUGAUGCUACACAGCAGUGUUGUGUAGAGAUUUCAGCGGUACAACUGUAGCAAGCAGCGCAUUGCUUCUUCAUACGGCUUGCGACAUCACGAUCGAAGUCAUUGCUAAGCUUCACUUGCCUAACGUGUAUAUGCACAAAUAGGACUAGAACAGAAGCACUGCGAAGAUAUUCAGCUUUAUCGUGCGGCAAAGUGGUGUGUAUAAGCAUAAUCUCAAUAGACAUUCGCGAAUUAAUAUGCCAACUAUAGUGCCCCGCCCGGUGCCAGUAACGAUGGGCCGUGAGCGUUCUCCGCCUUCGCCGCGGCUUUUGACGGUGCCCCGGUCACCGAGAGUGGCUCGCUGUCUCUUUGGCGCACCCGAUUCCAAAGACGUUUCGGAACUUGCGCGGGAGGAGAUCGAGAAAGAACAGAAGCGACUUUCCGAAAAGUACAACUUCGAUUUUGAGACAGAUACGCCGCUUGAGGGCAAUUUUGUGUACGAACCGAUCGAGGAUGUGCCAGCCUGUCUUCUGGAAACCUCAAAUACGCCGAAAAAGACGCCCGAAGAUGUUGCACAGCGAAAAUUAACUGAGUUUAUGGGUGUCACGAAACCCUCGAAGCAAAUCCAGCGCAAACGAAGAACCGAGGAUGACAAUGGUGUCCGAGAGGAGGCUCGUCAGGUCGCGUGUAAAUCACCCCGUAUCGAAAGUGUCGCCUAGAUGAUCUCGGCCUGAGCGAUCUCGCGGACGACCACGGCCAGGAACGGGGCACCAGCUCGCGUUGUUCCCGUUUUUUCUCUAUUGGCAAGCGAAACAAAAACCAAUAAAUGUAUGCGCAGACGAAGAUUAACCUGAUCCGAUAGAAACUCGGAGUAUCUGUGCAUUGGCUCCGUGGUCGCGGCUGUGUUAAUCGGCGGUCAAUGUCUUAAGCAAGAAGCUUAGCACCUAGGAGACGACGGACAGGACGAUUUAAAUUACGCGCGGCAAAAACGCUUGCACACUAUCGGAAGAGAGUGACAAGCUGGAUGGUGCGUUAAUUUCAGCAGCAGCAGCAGCAUGCCGAAUAUACUUGUGUAUAUGGCUCUCUGUCGGGAAGUGGAUGGAGAAGACGCUGUUGUUUCAUUACGCCUGUACGUUGAUGUUCUCCCGCCGCGAUCUCGGCGGCAUCUCUACCCCGAUCUCUUCUAGUCAUCCUCAUCAAUCCCGCGCAAUGAAUGAAUAAUUAAUUAAUAAUUAAUCACAAACGAUAAAAAGAAAGAACGCUGAGCGGCGCGUGACGAUACUCAACAAUUGCAGUAGCAGCGACAAUACAUGAAAGAUUUAAAUGUAUAGGGAUAAUCGCGCUACGACUACGACACAGGUUAAAAUUCUAAUUAAGAUAGUCAUCAUAAUCUAAGAUAUCGAUAACAAUAACAAUUUUUUUUGUGUCUGUUUAUCGUCCCGCCUGCUCAGCUACGUCGUGAAUAUCGACCGUCGUGAAUGUACUUGUAUAUUAAAAUCAAUGUAUAGCCACAUGAUAAUGAUAGGAGGAAGGAUCUAUGGCGAACAGCUAAGUUGAAACCAGGACGAAGGCGAUUGCAUAGUCACAAUGUAAAAUGUUUAACUUCUUAGCGGACAACAGGUAAAUGAUAAUAUAUUUAAUAUAUUUGUUCGUACAUUCGGCCAGUUCGGGCUAGUGGCUAAUCUCUCCCGUUGUGCUACGAGUUUCACCCGAUCGAUGAAGUGUCUUUAACCGGCCGCUGCUGUUACGCUCUGAAGCGCUCUGUGCAUCAGUUCGAAAAAAAUCACUCUGAGUAUUAGCCCCUAUUUAAACAUUUCAUACAAUAUAGAGAAAAGGUAUGCUAGAAAAUACCGCACAGGGGAAACUGGCAGAAUACCGAGUGAGCGCUUACCGAUUAUUAAAUGUAGCUAACAUUGUAAAUUAUUAAAACGAGUAAUCAUAGUGAUACACCUAAAGGCGAUUAGAAUGUAAGCAAAGCUCGUCUAUUUAGGCCAGCCUGAGAAUGAAAGACAGGACAACAGAGCGAAAAAAAUGGAGUUGCUCGAAACGUACUAACCCGAACGCGAAAUGUCCAAAUAAAGUUGAUUCAUAAACGUUUAAAUACAUAUUAUCACAAUA